UGGCGCGGUGCCAAUAACGAGCAUCAGUUGAAGGGCGGGACGAAACUGUUCGCGGGAGGGAGGGGAAGGCCCAGGGAACCAAGCAGCGCUGCCGCCACCGCCGCUGCAACCGGAGUUGGAGGAGGGAGAAGCCAGGGAGAAAAUGGCGGCCGUGGCUGCAGAGGCGGCAGCGACUGCAGCGUCCCCCGGGGAGGGGGGCGCCGGCGAGGCCGAGCCGGAGAUGGAGCCCAUCCCCGGCAGCGAGGCCGGUACUGACACCCUCCCGGUCACGGCCACUGAAGCAUCCGUGCCGGACGGCGAGGCCGACGGGCAGCCGUCCGCUCCUCAGGCCGACGAGCCGCCGCUCUCGCCGCCGCGGGAGCUUGCUCGCAGCCCGGAGGCGGCGGGGCCGAAGCUGGAGGCUGAGGAGAAGCUGCCCGCUCAGGUGGUGGAGCCGGCGGCAGCCGCGCCUCAGGAAGGGCCCGACCUUCCCCCUUCCCCCGCGCCGCCGCCCGACCAGCCCCCGGCUCCCGAGGAGCGCCAGGAGCCGCCGCUGCCCCAGCCCGCAGCCCCGGCGCUGGUGCCGCCGGCGGGCGGGGACUCCGCGGUGUCGCAACUCAUCCCCGGCUCGGAGGUGCGGGUCACGCUGGACCACAUCAUUGAGGACGCGCUCGUCGUGUCGUUCCGCCUGGGGGAGAAGCUCUUCUCCGGGGUCCUCAUGGAUCUGUCCAAAAGAGACCAUGAAACCUAUGGUGCAAUAGCCCUACUUUUGGUGGGAAAAAUAUACAGCCAUUCUGGUGAAGCAGCACACAUUACCAGAAGAACACAGCUUGCACUAGUGACAGAUCUUGCAAGAAAGUUUGGGCCCCACGGGAUCCCUGUGACAGUAUUUCCCAAAAGGGAAUAUAAGGAUAAACCGGAAGCCAUGCAGCUCCAAAGUAAUACAUUCCAAGAAGGGACAGAAGUCAAGUGUGAAGUGAAUGGUGCUGUUCCCGACGACCCUUCUCCUGUCCCGCCACCUGAGCCGAGCUUGGCUGAAAACCUGUGGACUUCCAAACCACCACCACUCUUCCAUGAAGGAGCACCUUACCCUCCCCCUUUGUUUAUCAGGGACACGUAUAACCAAUCGAUACCUCAGCCACCUCCUCGGAAAAUUAAGCGACCCAAACGAAAAAUGUACAGGGAAGAAUCUACUUCAAUAAUGAAUGCUAUUAAACUACGACCCAGGCAAGUCCUGUGUGACAAAUGUAAAAACAGUGUUGUUGCUGAAAAAAAAGAAAUUAGAAAAGGUAGUAGUGCAAGUGACUCUUCUAAAUAUGAAGAUAGGAAACGGAGAAAUGAAAGCGUAACUACUGUGAACAAAAAACUGAAAGCUGACCAUAAAGUGGAUGGGAAAAACCAAAAUGAAAGCCAGAAAAGAAAUGCUGUGGUUAAGGUUUCAAAUAUUGCUCACAGCAGAGGUAGAGUAGUCAAAGUUCCUGCUCAGGCGAAUACAUCAAAAGCUCAGUUAAGUACUAAAAAAGUGCUCCAGAGUAAGAACAUGGAUCAUGCAAAAGCUCGGGAAGUGUUGAAAAUUGCCAAAGAAAAGGCACAAAAGAAGCAAAGUGAAACCUCUGCAUCCAGAAAUGCACAUUCAAAAGUCCAUUUCACACGUCGAUAUCAGAAUCCUAGCUCAGGUUCCCUUCCACCCCGGGUUCGUUUAAAACCACAGAGGUACAGGAAUGAAGAAAAUGACUCUUCUCUGAAGACGGGACUUGAGAAAAUGCGGAGCGGCAAGCUGGCACCCAAGCCCCAGUCUCGUUGCACCUCUACCCGCUCAGCAGGUGAGGCCCCUUCAGAAAAUCAGAGUCCCUCAAAAGGCCCUGAAGAGGCCAGCAGUGAGGUUCAGGACACAAAUGAAGUGCUUGUGCCUGGUGAGCAGGAACCACAGACACUGGGCAAAAAGGGCAGCAAAAGCAAUCUCUCUGUUUACAUGACCCUAAAUCAAAAGAAAUCUGACUCUUCCAGUGCUUCCGUGUGUAGCGUUGAUAGCACAGAUGAUUUGAAAUCCUCCAACUCUGAGUGUAGUUCUUCUGAAAGCUUUGAUUUUCCUCCAGGCAGUAUGCAUGCACCUUCCACCUCCUCCACAUCCUCUUCUUCAAAGGAAGAGAAAAAGCUCAGUAAUUCCUUGAAAAUGAAAGUCUUUUCCAAAAACGUCUCUAAAUGCGUCACACCAGAUGGCAGGACCAUAUGUGUAGGGGACAUUGUUUGGGCCAAGAUAUAUGGCUUCCCUUGGUGGCCAGCCCGUAUUCUUACUAUAACUGUGAGUCGGAAAGAUAACGGCCUCUUAGUUCGACAGGAGGCCCGUAUUUCAUGGUUCGGGUCUCCAACAACAUCUUUCCUUGCUCUAUCGCAACUGUCCCCCUUUUUAGAAAACUUCCAGUCACGCUUUAAUAAGAAGAGAAAGGGCCUGUAUCGCAAGGCUAUCACAGAGGCAGCUAAGGCUGCCAAGCAGCUGACCCCAGAAGUACGGGCUCUGUUGACACAAUUUGAAACGUGAACACGGACAGUAAGCACAAAGACAUUAGCAGGCUGCUGGUUUCGUGGACCUGUACCACAGUGACACAGAGAACACCAGAGCACCAGGAUUGAAUGAAAUUGGAGACUCAGAUUUUUAAAGCUGCACUAAGAAGUAAAUGUUCAGGCAGUGGUUAAAACCAACAGUCUCUAAAGGGCACCUGUAAAUUGUGCUAUAGUAAACCGAAGAAAAGGUCUUAGGGGAAUGUUUUCUAAAACAAACUAAACUAUUGCAAUAAAUUAUGCAUGAGAUGAGGAGAAAAGUGAUGUGAAAUACGCACACAAGAACUCAUUUUAUGUGCGAAGACAGUUCUUUUGAUUGUGAAGUUCUUAUCAGGAGUUUGGACAGACCUAAAAGGCAUGGGAUGAUGGCAGAAAUGUUGAAUUAUCUUUCAUACUAAAACUUUGUUCUUUCUCCAAGGUUUAUGUUACUCAGUUCAGAUAUGAGCAAAGGUAUUUCUAAAAUGACUCGCCUGUGAAACCAGUGGUCACAUGUGCUGAGGCCAGUGUUUCCCUUCAGGGUGCCCCUGGAAACGACAGGAAAGAUUUAACAUCAUCCUAAAAGGAUGGUAAGGUACCCCCACCCUACCCACCCUGAAAAUUUGGUCCUUUCUUUCAUAAAGCAGGGCUGUAUUACCUUAAUACAUAUUAAGAUGUAUUUAUUUGCCACCAGUAUUUUAACAUUUUGUGCGUUUUCAUAACCCCAUUCUUAACUUUUAAAUUCUGAGUCAGAGUAGAUAGGCUAGUGUUGAUCUCAGAGUGAUGUAUAUUCUGAGAUCUAGUUCUGAAAUCUACUGAGCUGAAAAGGCAUUUACUCUUCCUAUCAUUAUUAAUUUUAUUUAGAUCCGAAAAGGUGAAAAAUCUGAAUUCUGAUGUGGCGCUCUCCCCCCAGAGAGCUCCUCUUUCUGUGUAAGUGCAAGAAAUUCUUACAGGUGUCAGGUGGGGCUUGUGCCUGGGGAACUGGCAGCAGAAACAGACCCAUAAAAGAUGGUGUCAGGCUUUUCAUGAAUUCUUACCUUUGGAAAAUACGUAUUAUAAAAACCCUUAAUUUUUCUUUUUUAAUGAGCAGAGAUAACCAGAUUGACCUGUUAGUGCUACAUUUUUAAGGUAUUUUAUAUUUGAUGGUGCCGUACUUUUAAUAAUAAAUACUGAAGUUUUUUAGUGGCAAUACCAAUUUAUUUUUUAAACCUGAAAGAUAAUCCUUAUUACUUAAUACAAAAGAAAAAAAGCCAAAAAACAAUUCAUUUGAAGCAACAUAACUGAGCAUUUGGCUUAAGUGUUCAAACUUUCCAUAAUCUUACUGUAUAGGUUUGGAAUUACUUAACUCCACACUCAGGAUUAAUAAAAGGUUCUGGGGGAGUUUUAGAACAUUUAAUAUACCUGACUAAGGACUUGUUUCACAACUCAAAGAAGAAAAGGUAGGCACUCUCAUUUCUGUGAGUUGAAUACAAAUCCUAAUUACACUGUAAGUAAUUAAAAGUUGUGACUGCAUUCUAAAAUUGUCUUUUUUGGAAAGUAUUUAUCAUGAAGUCAUUAUACAUAUGAUGAAAUCUGAAAAAGCUCAGGAACUAUGCCAGCAGGGAGUCAAGAUUACAGGCCUCAGUGGCACCAGACUCUCUGCCCAUCUUGUCUUUAGCUGUAUUACCACCAGCAGUACCUUCCAAACUCCCUUCAAGAACCAGACAACUCAUGCCAUGUGAGUUGUAUAAACAAGAGUUUUAAGUAAGCUUUAGCAUUAUUUGUGCAGAGUGAUGGAAAUGAUAAAAGGCAAAAAAAUUGAGAGAUCAGGCUUUAAGGACCUAUUUUUUCUCAUGAUAAAUUCUCAAAAGGUGUUUUGUUAUAAACCAGAUUUUUCAUUUAAAAAAAAAAUGAAACUUGGUAUUUAAAAUCUAGGACAUACCAUGUUGCUAUUUCACUUUCAUUGCUUUAGUUGCUUAAUAUUUAAGCUAUGCUUCAUGCUACCUUUGUAUUUCAAAUCUUCAGAAGCCUAUUUCAUUUUGUAGACUUGAAUGACAAAUUUCUCAUCUAAAGUAUGCUGAGACAUAAAUGUUAAAAGAAUGUUGUGUAACAUCCAAUAAAGUCUUGAUAUUUUUAAAAAUUUAGUUAUUUAUAAACUAUUUACUUUCUAGGAGUUAGGUUUUAAAGGUUAUUGAAAUUCAACCGCUAGUUGUCCUUUAAGGAGCUGUUUUAAGUAGCAUUGCUUCCUUAGGAGAACCUAUAAGUUCUUAAUCACUGGAGGGAUUUUAUGGGACUUCUUUAUGUCUAAGGCUGGAGGAAUGUGAAUGAUGGAAACAAAUAUCUACUGGUGGGUUGUUUGUUUAAAGGACUCCUGCUCUUAUGGAUAAUUGGUUGCUUCUUUAAAAGCCCAGCACAUCCAAUGUGAAAGUGAGGUCAAGUGUUUGAUCAGAAACCACUCAGCUGUCAGGGAAAAAGUAGCCUCUUAAAACUUACCAGACAAUUGAAGUUUUUCUGCACUGACCCAAAAACUUAGGUCAGUGUUCUUCCCCCCCAUUUUGUGUAAAGCAAUCCUUUGGAAGGCUGCCAGUUUUUCCAGAGUAUACAUGGAGUCUUUAAUUGCAAACAUUCUCCCAUUUCAGCUUAUCUAAAUGAGUGUAGAAAGGAGGCCACUGGAAUCUGGUAAUAUCUUUUCUUCCUCAAGUUUCUCACUAAUGAUAAGAGAGGUAGAGAGAACCAGGGAAGAUAAAUAAGCCAUGAGCUCAGGAUCUGGAAGGCCUACACGAGAUCUCUCCCCCCUACCUCCAUACCAUGGUAUCCACCUGAUGGUGUCAUGACGUGUGCCAGUAUGUUUACAGACACAAUUCCUACCAGAUACAAGGAAUGAGGGAUGCAACCCAUGCAUACCCUUAGGAUCUUAUUCAUGCCCUGGAAUCGUGUGGACUGUACCAGCACCUCCCUGGGCAUGGUGGGUAUGUCACUGCAAAUAUGCACUGUGGCUAGAAGCCGUUUUACUGCUUUUAUAGCUCAUUUUUCUCUUUCAAGUAAUGAUGCCUCCCUCAGUAGUCAAAUAGAGCAUCCUGUGUUUUUAAAGCAUACUUUUCUCUAGUGGUGAGUGUCUUGCCAAAUCUCUGCUUAUUCACAAUGAAAUUUCAUGACCUAACAACACCUUUGCUUAGAUGUCAAGAAGGUAAUGAACCUGGGCUGAAAGAAGAUACAACUCAGGAAUACUGUGCCAGAGGAAGGAAGAGCUGGCCAAACACAGGCUAGGUUAUUGUCCUUAAGAGUUAAGAACACUUCUGGGUUAGCCCUUUCAUUAUUCCCUCGUGAAGCAUGUGAGUAGAAGCUUCUAACAUUGGUGAUAUUAAGAGAAAGAUGACAUGGGUUCUGAUCUUAGUUCUAUCCAAGAUCUUCCUGCAAAAAGAACCAGGCCUGGCCGCACUGGCCAAAAUGGGGUGCGGAAAAGAAGUGUCUCACUCAAGCCUUCCUUUUCUCCUUAGCUAAGGCCCAAAACAUGGGAGACAAGGGAAUCUUUACUUGAACGAAAUAUUCUACAAUCUUGUGUUUUUGAAUUCUAAGCUCAUCCCCUAACUCCUGUGGAUCCUAAGUCAAAACAGAAACCUGUGCUCUAAAGAUGAUGAAUGGGAUCAGCAGCGUGAAGAAGUGGUGGGAGACGACUGUGUCCGGCCCCAGAAGAGCAUAGCUGGCCUUUAGUAAGACAGAACCACCUUACAGAAGGCAGUGAACGGGGCCAUCCUUCACAUGUUUAAAUGCAGCUGCUUUCGCAUCUGUAGAAGACGGACUGGAAAAGCUUUUGCAGCAGCAGCAGAAGCUCCAGACUUUGAUGCCAACUCCGCCAAUGGCAGAACCCAAUACCAGUGUCACACAGCCCUAGGAAGUUAUCAGACCUUUCCUUCCAGUUGACUUCACAAGGCAAAUAGCAUUCUAUUUUGGGACCAAACCAUUCCUACAAGUCUUGUCUACAUCUGUCAUGAUACCUGAGCAUAGCAGCCCCAGUGCCCGAUAGGAGUUCCCAUUGAGAUAGGCCGUAUUUUUCAGCAAGCCAGAAACUAGUAGCUGGGACUGAGUCACGUCCACAAUUUGUUAGCUAUGGGCUUCCUUGGCAGUGGGGCAGCAAGCCCUGUGUUUAGCUAAGGGGAAAGAAAAUGUGAGCUUCCAGUUUCCCCUUGAGUGAAAGGAAGAAGAAGGUGGGGCGUCCUCUUUCUAGUUCUGGCUGACAGAACCCGUGUGAUGGAGCCUAUUUCUAGAUGGUGGAUGUGAGGGUUGGAAAAUUAGAAGAAAAUGGCAUAUUUUUGUUGUGGAAUAUUUCAGACAUUUGUAGAGGUACAGCAGUUUAACAAACUAUGUACCCAUCCCUAGUUUCAACCAGCUUGUAGCCAGGAAGACUGAAAUUUCUGAUGCUUUGAAAGAUGAGGGCAGCCUAGUCACUACUUUUCAUAAACUAAUUUUAUAACUAGUUUGCCCCUUGAAGGGUUGUAAGCAGUUAUUCUUAGGCUCUGUGGUUAUUUUUUACCACAGCACUUGGGCUGGCUAGUAGCAAGUCAUCCAUUUCCCAUUCUCAGUCUAGUGUUGGUUAAGGGCUGCUCUCCCCCAACACAGGAAGUGAAUGGAAAAUGAUCGCCUCUCUCCUCUGUACAGCUUUAAUUUUGCAGUUCCCUGAAGGAACAGGUUUUCUAGUCCCUUCUGGUAGAACAUGCACACAUUUCCUUUUUUAAAGGACCCAGAUGACAGGAGGACAGCCUGUGACUUCCGUGGUGCAGAGGGGGCAGGCUGAAAGACAAGUUGCUCAAACUGCUCCAAGGAGGUUUUUUGAAGGUGGCAGCUAUGCACCAAGCACACAACAUAGACCGAUAGGAGUAUUGGAGAAGUCAGGGGUGAGUUAGGGAGUGAGAGGGAAGUGGUCACAGAAGGCAACAUGAACAGCAGCCAGGCUGGCAGCCACCUUGGCUGCAGGUUCACAGGCUGCACCCACAAGACUGCUGGGGCUCUAGGCUUUCCCUUUAUUUAAAGGGCAAGCUUAAGAUAACAGGAAGUUUUUGCUAAACCAGUUUAUAAAAGACAAGAUUUACAGAUCUGCUUAGCUGGGGCAUCAGAGCUGAUAUAUCUUUAGUCAGGUUUACAUUUAACACCUGCUGCUGGUUCCCCCAGGAAACUAAUCAAGUAGUAAAAUGCACUAAAAAAGUCCAAGUCUGCUCUUCCUGAUUCUGUCUGGAUUUUAGCUUAAGAGCUGUUUGAAGGUGUUCAGCAAUCGUGUAGAGGUCAGCUCAGAGACCAGAGGCACACCACAAAUAAUCCCAGGCCUAGCAACAUUUCCUGGGGGCUGUGCCCUACUUCAACUACACAAAACAUUAGAAAUACACUCGGCAUUUAUGAAUUAAACAUUUGUGACUUUGACAAUACCUGAGCCAUCUGAAUGUCCAAGUGUGAGGGCUUGUCACUUUACUGAAGCUCAGAUGUGGGCCCAGGGCUGCGAUGUCCAGGUCAUUAGCUAGUAGGUUCGGCCACUCCCCAGACUUGCAUUUCCUCACCCAGUGUGACAGUCUUCCUAUAAGCACAAUAACUUGUAAAAUCAUAGGAUAUUGGGGGGGAGGGGUAGUGGAGCCAGAGGAUAGAAAUAACCCAGAUGAACUGUUUGUGAGGGAAGGGAAACGCAUGCAGAAGGUCGUUUCUAGAAGAGGCUGGAUUUCAAGAAUAGAAUUUUGGUUCCAUGAUGUGAAGAAAACUACAGAAACCACUAGCUGGUGUGAAUUUAUAGUAAUAGUCCUAGUUUCCUGGGUAAGCCUUGUACAGAGGCUCCAGUGGAUGGAAAAGCUGCUCAUGUGAAAGUUGGAGAGGUGAUUGAGAGACGGUGCGGACAUAUAGAGGACAUGAGAUUCAAUGGAAAUGUGAUCUGGGAGAAAGGGGGGAAGCUGACACUAGAGGACAAGUUGGGGAUUUUUGAAAGUCCAAAGACAAAUCCUCACAAAUAUCUAAGAUGCAAAAUUGAAAAUUUAAAAAUCAGAAGACAUGCUUACAAGCCAGGUUGAACAUUUCAGUAUCUGAGGACAUUCUACAUGGCUACACAGGAUGGGGCUCACCUGAUUUUAAGGGGCUUUCUUUACAAACUCUUCUUUUUUAAAGUUCCUUAUUGUUUAAAGUAUUACAUGAGUCUCUUGUUUUUCCCCAAUUGACCUCUCCCCCCGCCAUCCUCAAGCCCUCACCCCCCCCCCCCACCAUCUGUGUCCAUUGGUUUUGCUCAUAUGCACGCAUACAAGUUAAGCUACAAUUACUGAAUUCACUAUUGAGAAAUCCUAGCUGAGCCCUCCAAAGUGGCCAGAGCUGCACACCUGUGCAUACAAAAAACUGCAGAAACUGAACUCUGGAACCCAAGACAAGGGCCCUGACGAGAUGAAGACAACAGGUUGUCUUUCAUUGCCUCCCACACAUUCUUUGGGAGGUGACAAGCAGCACAUAAACCUAAGCUGACAUUUGAAUCACUUGCUGGAUCUUAAUAUUUUGAGAAAAGCUAGUUGCUACUUAUCUUGAGAUAACAUAUUGGUUAGCAGCAAAGGAGACAUUUUAAAACACAGUACUAAAUAAAGAGCACAGAAUCUGAACACUCGGGUAGUGAUAGUUCACAUGGAGACCACUUAUUGAGCAAUGUGCUUUCUGACUAAUUUACUAAGUUUCUAGUAGAGCAGCAGUGCUAUUUUGAGAGUAAAUAUGGCCCUUACCUUCUAGGAGCUCUUGGUCUAUUCAUGGAGGCAGAUAGGUUAAAAAAACAAAGUAUGUCUUUGAGCCUUCAAAAAUACUCUAGAACAGUGGUUCUCAACCUUCCUAAUGCCGCAACCCUUCAAUACGUCAUGUUGUGGUGACCCCCAACCAUAAAAUUAUUUUCAUUGCUACUUCAUAACUAAUUUUGCUACUGUUAUGAAUCGUAAUGUAAAUAUCUGAUAUGCUAUAUGUGUUUUCCAAUGGUCGCGACCCACAGGUUGAGAACCGCUGCUCUAGAAGGAGAUCCAAAAUUAUUUUGAUCCUUUGCAACAGCACUGGAGUAAUAUAUGCAAUGUCACAGUAUGAUUACUGUAAAUUUUGGCAUACUUGUUUUGGUUGGAGGAAGGCAUCACUGAACUUUAAAUCAUACUUUAGCAGCAGAAGGCAAACAGGCUACCUUCUUUCCUUCCACUAAUAUCUACUUUUCAACAGUUUAAAGGUUCUUCUAUUGUCAAAUGUUUUCAAAACGUUUGAAUCUACCUUUCCCCCCAGAUUUUGGAAGUAGAGAAAUAACAGUGGUACAUAUAAACUUCUAGGCUUAAGCAAACUUCAUUUCUUUCCAUAUACAUUACUUGGCCCACUCACUAGAGGCAUUUAAUGUGGGCCUUGUUUGGUAUCCUGUAUGAUUUCAGGAGGGUAUGUGUGUGUGUUGGGGUGGGUGGGGGGAGGCCUAAAAAGCAACACCUCUACACCCUGCAGGAAUGGUAGUGUCUUCACCAGGGCGGUUUCUAGGCAAACAAGAUUCCUAUUCCUUGGAGCUCAGCUAGUCCUUCAGGAAUCUCAGUCCCAACCUUUGCUUAGUCUCGGCCAUUGAACUCAAGUCAAAUCUAAGCAAAAUAUAGUCCAUAAUAUUUUCAUAGUAAUAUUAAGGGAUUAUCUGCUUUUUUUCACCAUCAUUCUGUCAUGAGCAUGCAGAAUUUUCCAGACGACAUGUGAUACUGUGACAAUGAGAAUCUUCUAUCAAGCCUCAUGUUUAAGAGAUUUGCAAAUAUGUAGAAUGAUGUCACUCAUUAAAAUGUGUUUUGAUUUGGAA